CAAAGCAAAGGAACUGCUAGAAUCUUGAUUUUGGACAUUGUUUUCUGCGAAUUACACUUCCUUUUGCUCAAUAUGGAUGACUUAAGAUAGCCAAUACGCAUUUAAGACAGCAAUAGGGUGUCUUGAUUGAUAUUGACAAUGUGAUCCAAGAAAUUAUGGAACAGUUUUUGCAAUCGGCCACUCUGCAUGGCCCAGCUCUUGUUCACAAGGCUCAACGAGAAUGCCAAGAUGUACCCGAAUCACCUUUGCUUUUUCUUACACAUCCAACUUCUGGACAAAAACAGAGUUAUUUUUGGCGUAGAUUUGAGGAAAGCAGAUACAGUGAAGAUCCAGAUUUCAAGUUUUUAAGUUUGUUUGGCACCAAACUAGACAAAGAUUUCAAGGACAGAGUAUGCAGCUUCAUCUCAUCCAAGUCUGAUUUGUUAUUUKCUGGUAAAACAGCUUUAGAUGAGUUCAGAAAGAGAGCUGAAUAUGACACCAUCCCUCAAGAUUUGUAUGCUGACAUUGCACCUUUAGAGGUAUUCAUGGGUAUCCCAACACCAAUCAAAACACAACAAUUCUUAAAGAUUAUACAAGAAGGGGAUGUUGUUGUUGGGAAGGUUACGGCUAAAAAGCCAUUUGGACUAUUUAUACAACUCAUGGAUUUAGAAUUAUCAAGGAGAAGAGACCUGUAUGAUUGUAACAUCCAGGCCCUUUGCAGAUCCAAUGAUCUCAGUCACGAUGCAAACCACAGGGAAUAUAGCACAGACCCAGUAGGUGAAUAUAGAGUUGGUGAUUACGUCAGAGGGGUAGUUAUAAGUGUAAAUACUGAAGACAAYAGAAUAGCUGUUUCUUUAAAGUCAUCUCAACUCAGUGAAGAACAUCAAAAUCUUACUUUGGGUCUGUUGGAGGACUUUGAUGCAAGUAAAUUGAGCUAUGAUAUUAAUGAAGACAGUAGCUACAUGGAUUAUCUGAAGAGUCAUCCUGGUCUGAAUAACCCCAGAUGCAUCAACACUCUGACAGACAUGUUGGGUAUUGAUACCCAGAGUUCUUUACUGAGAGGCUUGCAGAGACAUGAUUAUCCAAAGGAAGACUACUUUGAUGARUUGAGGAAGAAACAGUCUGUCAAGUGGUCCAUGUCAUCGACAGCAAAAGGUGUGGAAUACUUUAAAUCAGGCGACAAGACUCUAGCGAUGAAAUACCUUGACCACGCCCUCCAGAUUGAUGGACAAAAUAUUGAAGCUUUGGUGGCUAAAGGAGCACUGUCUGCUAAUGCAGGUAACUACAGCAUUGCUAUCAAACAUUUUUGGCAAGCUCUUUCAAUCAACCAGACUCACAAGAAUGCCAUGAAGUACCUGAUAGAGACUCUUCUUGAACAAGGACUUCAGCAAGAGAAGACUGGUCAUCUCACUGAUGCCGAGAAAWGCUUUCAGGAUAUUCUUGAUGUCCAACCAAAUCAUGAAAUGGCAAAGGAAAACAUGACUCGUGUUAAGAUGGCACUUAAACGUCAGAACGAGCAGGAGAAAGCUCGCAAAGAGGAAGUGACCAAAAGUAAGUUCAGCCAUGUCAGGAAACUAAUCGAGGAAGAAGAACAACAUCGACGGAGGAAGAAAAAGAAAAAAGAUAAAAAAAAGAAAAAGAAACAUGGCAAGAAGAAAACACGCAAGUCCAAAUACAGCGACAGUAGUUAUAGUGCUAGUGAAACCUCAGAUUCUGAUAGCGAUAGUCCUACCCCCAGCAAGCGUCGUCGCUCGUCUGAAUACGAUGGACAUAGACAACGAAAAUCUUCAACGAGUAGCAAGAGAUGAUUCCGCGUCAAAUUCAUCGGCUGUUUAGGCUCGAGUUUAUGCCUUUUAGGCCUGAUUUAAUUUCGAUUUAAUUGCUUUCUCUUAUCCAUCUUACGUUUUUUUGUUUGUCUUUGUAUUUGGAUGUGAAUGGUUGUCGCCGAUUGGUUGUAGACUAUUGAUUGAUACGUGUUGUCGAUUGGUUGUAGACAAUUGAUUGAUACGUGUUGUCGGUUGGUUGGUCGGUCGUUUGUUGGGAUUGCUGUUCCUUUGACGGUUGAAUGGCUUGUCUUUUGUUGGUGGGUGGACCGGUACGAUAUAUUUUUCUAUAUUUUAUUUUAAUUUGUUCUGGGUAUGAUUGGUUAGUUGGUUGUUUAUUUCGAUUGAUGAACUUCUGUUGGAUGACUGGCUGGUCGUUUGUUUGUGGAAUAGCGUUUAGUUUGAUGGAUGUUUGGCUCGCUGGUUGGACAGUUAUCUAGUGAAGGUGAUUAAUGGAUUGAAUAAUACAUUAUUAUUGAAAAUGAAUGAAMAAAARUGAAAAGAUUAAAAUAAAGGAAAUAAUGACUUGUGUCUUCAGGGUUUAUAAAAGAGUAAAAUAAACGGGAAAUUUAUUCAA